UGCUACCGACUUAAGAAAAGUUUAUCUUAAGAAGAGACUCUGUGUUUGAAGCUCCAUUUCUGAAAUAGAGUUUGUGUUUGUUCCUUCUCUUCACCAUUUUCCUUUUGAUAUUAGUUCUUGUGCAGUGAAACCAAGACCAUUCACAGCUCAAAAUCUGCAUUUGGUGUAGUUGAGAACAGAAAUGGCAGAGGAUUGGAAGCACACAGCUCUUCUUGUCAUCGACAUGCAGAAAGAUUUUAUAGAAGAUUGGAGUCCUGUGGCACUAAAAGCAGGGAAAGACAUUGUUCCAAAUGUGGUUAAGGCCGUGGAAAUUGCAAGGGAGCGUGGCAUGCUCAUAGUUUGGGUAGUACGAGAAAACGAUCCCCUAGGAAGAGAUGUUGAGCUUUUUCGUAGGCAUUAUUAUACAGAGAGGAAAAUUAAAAUAGGGUGUAAAGGAAGUGAAGGUGCAGCAUUGGUUGAUGGGUUGGUAAUCAAAGAAGAGGAUUAUAAACUUGUUAAAACCAGGUUCAGUGCUUUCUUUGCUACACACCUUCAUUCAGUUCUUCAAGCUGCAGCAAUUCAUAAUCUCGUAAUCACCGGAAUUCAAACUCCAAAUUGUAUCAGACAAACUGUGUUUGAUGCUGUGUCAUUGGACUAUCCAAAAGUGAGUGUUAUUGUUGAUGCUACUGCAGCAGCCACACCAGAUGUUCAUCAAGCGAAUUUGUUUGACAUGGAAAAUGUUGGAGUUGCAACCCCGACUUUACAAGAAUGGAGUGAAGCCAAAGCUUGAUCUAUAGAGAAAACAACUUUUGGUGCUUUUCUGUGUUCAAUUCCAUGACUCAAAGGUGUUAGUUGAUCAAAGUGGAUUACUCGAUCUUGUUGCUACUAGCUCCUCUAUGAAAGAAUAUGAAUAUUCAAAUGUAUUAUUAGUGUUCUUCAAAUUGGAAAUGUUGUGAUACUCGAUGCAACUUCACGAUAAUAAUUCAUUCAAGUUAAAACGUAA